AUGAAGAAAUCAAUAAAAUUUACCACAUACUUACUUCAAAAGACAUUAUACUCCUCAAUUCGACCAAGAAAUUUACUUAAAAAUCAAAUAUCAUGUCAUGCUCCUUAUACAUCACAAAUUGGUUCAUUAGCACGUUCAUUUUUUACUUCAGCAUUACCACCUGUUAACAAAAUUUUUUUGAAUCAACCAUCAUUCAUUCUUUCCCCUCAAAUAUAUAAUAAAAAGAGAUAUUUUAAUAAUUCUUUUUCAAAAAAUUUUUUGUCAACAACAAAAGCAUUUAAACCACAUUCCUCAAAAUCACAAAAAUUUUUUGAUUCCACAACGUCAAUUAAUAAACCAACUUCGACUACGGGAACGUCUUCAACUUCAACAGCUAUUUCAACAAGUCAUCAAAAUCACUCUUCUAUAAUAGAUUUUUAUGAAAAACCACUUUCUAUUACUAAAAGAAACUCAUUUAUAUUAAAUCAUGGUGGAUCUGGUAUUCCAAAACAUUCAGAAAAAUUAAUUACAACCAAGAAUGAUGGAGAAUAUUAUAGUGUAGGAUGUGGAGAGGAUAGCUUUUUUGUGAGAUAUGAUUCCUUGGGUGUAGCUGAUGGAGUUGGUGGUUGGCGUAAUGUUGCUCCUUUACGUAAUGCUGUUGCGGAUUCAGCUUUAUAUUCUCGUAAAUUGAUGCAUUAUUCUUUUGCAGAACUUGAAAGGUAUGAUAAUAUUGAUGAUGAGAAAUAUUAUCAUUAUAACGAAGUUAAUCCUGUUGAUAUAUUACAAACAAGUUAUGAUCAAGUUGUUAAAGAUUCUACAUUAAAGGGAAUCAUUGGAUCAUCAACAGCAUUAAUUGCAGUAUUACGAGAAGAUGAAUUAAGGAUAGCCAAUUUAGGAGAUUGUGGUAUAGGCGUGAUUCGUUAUAAUGAUUUUAUAUUUCAAACUGAAGAACAGCAACAUUCUUUCAAUUAUCCUUAUCAAUUAGGAACAAGUUCAUAUGAUACUCCUCAAGAUUCACAACAAUUCACUGUUAAAAUUCAACAUGGUGAUAUAAUUAUUAUGGGUAGCGAUGGUAUUUUUGAUAAUUUAUUUGAAGAAGAUAUACUUGAAGAAAUUACACAAUUCUUUUGUCAAAGACAAAGUGGUUUAAAGGUUGAUCCUCAAAUUAUAAGUGAUACUUUGGCUUGGAAAGCAAAAAAUGCAAGUAAAGAUAUUAAUGUUCCUUCUCCUUUUCAAUCUCGUGCUAUGCAAGAAGGUUUAUAUUACUCAGGAGGUAAAAGAGAUGAUGUUAGUGUGUUGGUUGCAGUAGUAACUGAUAAUUAUCAUUUGGAAAAAGAUUAA